AGCUGUUUCCAGCAGUUCCGGCAUGCUGGAAAAGCGCCCGCUCUCCCUCAGACUCACGCUUUCCACAUCCUCCUCCGCCUGCCCGGCUCCUGCUCCCGGCGGCCUCUGCACCGAGGAGCUCUGCCCGGGGCGGGCGCCUCGAAGCGCCCCAAGCUGAGCUGCGGGGCGGCCGGGGCCCGGCCGGAGCGGGGCUCUGCGCCGAGCCCUGCGGGAAGCCGGCGCUCGAGGGCGUUGCGGCGAUGGAGGCGCGGGGCUGGCCCUUUCCACCCGCCGGCAGUGCCGCGGGUGACUCACGGGCUGCUGACAUAACCCGCUUGCCAGCGUGCACUGCGCCCGUGAGUCACCAGCCCCGCGAGCCUCCGGGCAGGUUGGCCCCGGUGUCACCGCGGUGGCCUCGGCCGAGGCGAGAGGCCAGGAGGACGUGGCCACUGGCAAACCCCAGAAAGCAUCCGGCUAAGAGCGACCUUGGGUCACCGAGCGGCUCCAUCCUCUGCUCCCAGGACAGAGCCGGAGGGGCCCUGCCCCCUCCUCCCACGCCGGCGGGAGCUGGGCUGCUCCAGGACGGAGCAGCCAGGACGCCUGGGUCCUCGCGGCGGCUGCUGGCAGAGAGCACGAGCCGGUCUCCCACGCGCCCUUGCCCAGCUGCGACCAGCUCGAGCCCCGGCCCCAGCCCCGGGCUGUGCCUCGGUUUCCCCAUCCGCGGGGCCCUGGAGGCUGCCGGGGCCAAGCCGGGAUGAGCGCGGUGGGCGGCGAGCCGGGCGAGGCGGCCCACGUCCUCUUCGAGCGGUUCCUGCGGGCCGGCCGGUGCCAGGAGGUGCUGGGCGCCUUCCGGGAGCUGCGGCAGCGGCUGGCGCUGCAGGGCGCCGGGCUGCCCCUCUACCACGGCCUCAGGGCUGCCCUCAACUCCUGGAGCGCCAAGGCGCUGUGGAGCAAGCUGGAUAAGAAAGCCGCCCACGAGGACUAUGACCAGGGCACGGCCUGCGCCGGCACCAAGUGCCUGGUGGUGGGGGCCGGCCCCUGCGGGCUGCGCGCGGCCAUCGAGCUGGCGCUGCUGGGCGCCCGCGUGGUGCUGGUGGAGAAGAGGGACUCCUUCUCCCGCAACAACGUCCUGCACCUCUGGCCCUUCACCAUCCACGACCUGCGGGCGCUGGGCGCCAAGAAGUUUUACGGGCGCUUCUGCACCGGCACGCUGGACCACAUCAGUAUCCGGCAGCUCCAGCUGAUCCUGCUGAAGGUGGCUCUGCUCCUGGGGGUGGAGGUUCACAUCAACGUGCAGUUUAAGGGCGUCCUGCCCCCCGCGGGCAAGGCAGGCGGACAGGGCGGUGGCUGGCGGGCCGCGCUGCAGCCCAGCACCUCGCCCCUGAGCCGCUACACGUUCGACGUCCUCAUCUCGGCCGGAGGCGGCAAAUUUGUCCCCAAAGGCUUCCAGCGGAAGGAGACCCGCGGCAAGCUGGCCAUCGGCAUCACCACCAACUUCGUCAACCGCCACAGCCGGGCCGAGGUGGAGGUGGCCGAGAUCAGCGGCGUGGCCCGCAUCUACAACCAGCAGUUCUUCCAAAACCUCUACAACAAGACGGGUAUCGACUUGGAAAACAUCGUCUACUACAAGGACGACACUCACUACUUCGUCAUGACGGCCAAGAAGCAGAGCCUGCUCAAGAUGGGGGUCAUCCUCCAGGACAAGCCGGACACGGAGAGCCUCCUGGCCCCGGACAACGUCAACCGGGAAGCGCUCCUCAGCUACGCCAAAGAAGCGGCCAACUUCUCCACCAACUACCGCCUGCCCAAGCUGGAGUUCGCCCUCAACCACUGGGGCCUGCCGGACGUCGACGUGUUCGACUUCACCUGCAUGACCCGCUCGGAGAACGCGGCCCUGGUGUGGGAGCACCACGGCACCCGCCUGCUCCUCGGGCUGGUGGGCGACUGCUUGGUGGAGCCCUUCUGGCCGCUCGGCACCGGCGUGGCCAGGGGCUUCCUCGCCGCCUUCGACGCGGCGUGGAUGGUGCGGCGCUGGGCGGCCGGGACCCCGCCGCUGGAGGUGCUGGCCGAGAGGGAGAGCAUCUACCAGCUCCUCUCGCAAACCUCCCCGGACAACACCAACAAGAACGUGAGCCAGUACAGCAUCGACCCCGCCACCCGCUACCCCAACAUCAACCUGCAGGCCAUCAAACCCAGCCAGGUCCAGGACCUCUACCUGGUGGGCUUGGUGGAGGUGGACCACAAGGCGAAGAGCGAGAACCGGCUCAGCACGGUGGCCGGGGACGCCUACGAGGAGCUGCUGAGCUGGUGCCGGGCCAGCACGGCCGGCUACCGCGGCGUGGAGGUGGCCGACUUCACGCAGUCCUGGAGCAGCGGCCUGGCCCUCUGCGCCCUCGUCCACCGCUUCCGCCCCGACCUCGUGGAUUUCGACGCCGUGGACCCGCUGGACCCCGUCAGGAGGCACCAGACCGUGCUGGACGCGGCGGAGCAGGAGCUGGGCAUCCAGCCCGUGCUCUCCAGCGCCGAGAUGGCCUCCAUGGCGGAACCCAGCCGCCUGGGGCUCAUCACCUACCUCAGCCAGUUUUACGAGGCCUUCAAGCCUUCUCCAGGGUCGGAGGAAGUCGCCGAGAAGCCGCUGCCGCCCCGCGGCACCAAGGGCGCCAUCCUCUUCCUCAGCAAGCUGCAGAAGAGCCGGACUCUGACCCUGAAGCGCGCCCAGGACAGUGCCCAGAAGGAUGCCGAGCCCAAGAGGAGCCGCAGGGAAGCGGAGCUGGACCCGGGGCCAGAUGGAGACGUUUGGGACGAUGGCCACGAACAGCCCCCGGACCCCGGCCAGCCCGCGGCGCGCGGCGACAGCAGCGACGCUUGCUACUUCUGCGGCCGCCGCGUCUACAUCGUGGAGCGGGCGAGCGCCGAGGGCCGCUUCUUCCACCGCGGCUGCUUCCAGUGCCGCCGGUGCGGGGCCACCCUGCGCCUGGGCGACUACGCCUUCGACGAGGAGGACGGUCAUUUCUACUGCUCGCUUCACUACCCCAAUCUCCCCGGCAUGGAGCUGCCCCAGGAGGAGCCCCCGGCGCUGCCCGAUGGGGAUGCUGCCGGCAGACCCCCGUCCCCUGACACGGGGAGCCCGCGCGCGGCCCCCGAGGAGGCAGCACCCACUCGGCCGGGGCUCCCCAGCACCCCAGUGCCGCCGCUGGCAGCCUUGCGGGAGUCGCCGCCGGCAGCGGAGGAUGCAGCCGGCCCCAGGGAGCAGGACGCGAUGGAGCAGCCGGCCCCGGAGCCGGUGGCCGAGGAAGCGAGGGAGCAGCAGGGCCCCGGAGCAGAGCCCUGCGGGGCGCCGGAGGAGGGUGAGGAGAGCGGGGGCAGGAGGAAGAUCGUCCUGACGCCCCUGGAGAAGCUCAAGCUGUCCACGCUGAGCCUGACGGCGGAUGGGGAGCCCGAGCCGCCACAAAAGCCGCCCAGGUUGAGGCUCAGAGCAGCGCCCACCUUGCUCGCCGCCCCAGGGCAAGGACAGGAGGAGGAAGAGGAGAAGGAGGAGGAGGAGGAAGAAGCAGAGGAGGAGGAAGCUUCGGAGGAGAGCAACAGUGAGGAAGAGGAGGAGGAAGGCUCAGACCUUGGCACUGUGGCAGAGCCGUGCCUGAUCCUGGAGGAGGCGGAGAAAUACCCGACCUGGAAGCGGACGUGGCUCCGCCAGACCCGGGAGGCCCAGAUGAAGCGGUUCUGCAAGGCGCAGGCCAUCCAGCGGCGGCUGGAGGAGAUCGAAGUGACCUUCCAGGAGGUGGAGAAGCAGGGCAUAAAGCUGGAGAAGUUCCUCCGGGAGGAAGGGGGCGCCCAGGGCGACCUGAGGACGCAGUGGAUGAACCAGCUGCUCCACGUGGUGCAGAAGAAGAACAGCCUGGUGUCCGAGGAGUCGGACCUCAUGAUCGCGGUACAGGAGCUGAAGCUGGAGGAGCAGCAGUGCCAGCUCGACCAGCAGCUGCGGCGCUACAUGCACAAGGAGGAAGCCCUGAAGACGCCGGAGGAGCGGGCGGCCGAGCGGGAGAUCCUGGCGCAGCUGCUGGACGUGGUGAACAAGCGCAACACCCUCAUCCACAUCCAGGAGGAGAAGCGGCUCAGCGAGCUGCAGGCCUGAGCCAGGACCUGCCGCUGCCUCCCGGGGCCGAGCAUCACCCCUGCUUGCCAGGGCCUGCCGCGGAGCGGGGCGGAUGCUGCCGGACGCACGGCCGGGGAGACACCGAGGAGCAUCCCGGCCCUGGGAGGCGGAGAGGGCGCUGGUCCCUCCGUGGGGCUGGCCCCACGCUUGGCUGGGUCGUCCUUGCCUGGUGCUUGCUUGGAAACAGGAUUUGCAGGGGGAAAAAACGAAACACACAGGCUGCCAGGGCUCUGCCUAGUGCUCGCCCAAGAGGAAGGACGAUGGAGGACUGGGGUCUCUCCCAGCGCAGGUCCCACGGCCGCGGGCGCUUCCCGAGGGACCUGCUGGCUAAGCCAGGAGCACCGAAAGCUUUUCUCCCCGCAGAGCCCCGGCGCCGGGCGAACGAGGUGCCUUUUCCGGGGAAACCAGAGCCCGCGGCCGAGGGCUUGGCUCAGCGAGCCCAAACUGCUCCCGGCUGCACAGGGGUGACUGCAGCCAGCGCCGGACACGGAGCGGUGACGGCGGCCGCAGCCCCCGGGAGCCGCGCUGGGACGCCCCAGCCCAGCCCCGGACCCCAGCCCACGCCGGCACCCCCACGGUCCCGGCCACGCUAGGAAACCAGGGCUCCUCGGCCCGCCGGGAACGCGGCCCUCGGCUCUCCCACGGGGAACGGCGUCCCGGGAGCGGGUCCUCCGUUACGGGCACAGUACUCCCGUCCCGCUGUUUCCAUCCGUGCUGCCACCACGUUCCCACCUGUAUCUCACUGGUACCAACCGUCCUGCGCUGCUGUCACCCCGCCUCGGAAUAAAGCUUCCCAGAUCCUGGGAAAAGGGCUAAAA